AUGUCCACUUCUGAAGAAGCCACAGACACUUCUGAAAAGGCCUCGUCCUCUACGGCGCUCAACACACUCAGGGAACUCAACCCUAUGUAUGAAGGAUAUCUCCAGCAUGAUGCACAGGAAGUAGUACAGUGUAUUUUGGGGAACAUUCAAGAGACAUGCCAACUCCUAAAAAAAGAAGAAGUAAAAAAUGUGGCAGAAUUAUCUACCAAGGUCGAGGAACAACCUCAUCAGAAAGAGGAAUUAAGUGGCAUGAAAAGCAUAGAGAUGGACAGUGUAAGGCAUUCUGAAGACUAUAAAGAAAAACUUCCAAAAGUAAAUGGGAAGAGAAAAAGUGAUACCGAAUUUAGUAAUACGAAGAAAAAAGUUAAAGUAUCCAAGGAACACCAAUUGUUGGAAGACAACCAGAGACAAACCAGAUCAAAAACAAAAGCUACAGGUGAUAUGUUAGAGGUUCCUCCUAAAAUAAUCCCCAAGUACAUUUCUGAAAAUGAGAGUGCAAGAUCCUCGCAAAAGAAAUCAAGAGUCAAAUUAGAUUGGUUAAAGUCUGCAGCAAAGCAGCCCAGCAUUUUUUCUAAAUUCUGUAGUCUGGGGAAAAUAUCAACGAUCCAAGGAUCCAAAGGACAAUCGAAGGAAAACGAGUAUGAUCUUGAUGAAGAGGACCUGGGCAAAUAUGAAAAUGAUAACACAGCGAAUGGUUGUGGACUUGAAUCUCCAGGGAAUAAUGUUAACCCUGAUACCAAUGAAGUUAAGCCCAUAAACAAAGAGCAAAUUGGUUUUGAAUUAGUAGAAAAGUUAUUUCAAGGUUAACUGGUAUUAAGAACUUGUUGCUUAGAAUGUGAAAGUUUAACAGAAAGAAGAGAAGAUUUUCAAGACAUCAGUGUACCUGUACAAGAAGAUGAGCUUUCUAAAGUAGAGAGUUCUGAAAUUUCUCCAGAGCCAAAAACAGAAACGAAGACCUUGAGAUGGGGGAUAUCACAGUUUGCUUCAGUGGAGAGGAUUGUAGGAGAAGAUAAAUAUUUCUGUGAAAAUUGCCAUCAUUAUACUGAAGCCGAACGAAGUCUUUUGUUUGACAAAAUGCCUGAAGUUAUAACUAUACAUUUGAAGUGCUUUGCUGUUAGUGGCUUGGAGUUUGAUUGUUAUGGUGGUGGACUUUCCAAGAUCAACACUCCUUUGCUGACUACGCUCAAGUUGUCACUAGAAGAAUGGAGUACAAAGCCAACCAACGACAGCUAUGGAUUAUUUGCAGUCGUGAUGCACAGUGGCAUCACAAUCAGUAGUGGGCAUUACACUGCUUCCGUUAAAGUCACUGAUCCUCCA